GGCCAGCAUAGGGGCGAUGACAGACUACACAUACACGUCCCCGUACACCCAGUACUCGUCGACGUACCCAGCUUACGGCUACGGCACCGGAGGGCUCCUUAACAUGGGGAACUACAGCGGCUCCGGUAACGGUGGUAACAACAGCGGCGGUGGAAGUAACAGCAACAGCAGUACCAACGCCAACACUAACAACAGCAGUAACAGCAGCAACAACAAUGCUGCAGCUCGGCUACGCAUGCUGCAGUCGACGCUGGGUUCCUCGGCGUGCCUAAGACAGGACCGCUGCACGUAGUGCUGUGUCUCCACCUCGCUAUAGUGUCCGUUGACAUGCAGAUGUCCGGUUUAUCAAGACAUCUGUAAUACAGCAGGCCUUCGUUACUACACCUCCUGUGCAAUGACUGUCCAGUAUGACUUAGUGUGAACGAGAGAGACGGAAAGGGAGCUCAUAAGGAGGAAGGAAGAAAGAUGAAGACGAACUUUGAUAAGUCUCUGUGAUCGCCGCGCCAGGAGACGUCUAGUUUAGCUGAGUGCGUGUUUAAGGAGCACGGACCGAUCUCUAGCUAGGAUACCAAAGAACCACCACUCUCAAGUCACGAGCUUGCUUGAGUCAGGGUCUUGCCGGACUCUUCCUUCUUCAGGCACAUGCACACACACACAUAGGAGAGAACCUCAUGAACCCCAGGCAUUUAAUUUUGUACAUAGCACUCCCUCAGAAGGGCCUUCCUAGUGUGUCUGAAGGAGGCAAGCAAGGGGCGUGGAGACCCUGACUCACACAAAGACACACCUUUCCACUCUGGGCGCGGGAAGCCGUCCUCCUGUCGUAGGAUGACGGGCAUCUCCCUAGCGCCAAAGACUUCUCCUAUCCGCUCUUGGUUUUCAUUGGGGUUGAUCACUGUCCUGGACCUAGAUCUACUGACUCGUGUUUUUGGCAUCGAUCAAAAACUUUCUAAAUCCCUGUAACAUUAAGAUUUAUUUUUUCAGCAAAGGCGCCUGUGAAAUGGUGAUUCGAUUACCUCUUAUAUAAUUAUAUAUAUAUAUAUAUAUAUAUAUAUAUAUAUAUAUAUAAUAUUUACAUAUACCUCUCACACGGUCAGAAGAGGCUAAGAACGACAACAGAAUAUAGACUGUGUUCCUGUUAGUAGGUUGGAGGUCCGCCCCAUUACCUCUGAAGACUGUUUACCAAAGAGGCGUCUUCUGGCUUCUGCCUCCUUAGCCUGUUUGUACCAGGCGAUGUUUAGUCAGGUGGACCUCUCUUGUGGAGGUUGCUAUAUGUUUCCUAAGUCUAGGAAGCGGUUUUGUAUAGACAAGUUUUUAAAAGGACAAGUUGAACUGUAUUAAAAAAAAAUCCUAUUUAUAAUGUCUGCAAAAAAUAAGGAAUUAGGUAGGUCGUAGUGUUAAGGAGAGUUGGGAGUAAGAAUGAUUUUUUACGCUUGUUUUUUUUAUUUUUAUUUAUUUUGACCGUUGUUACUGAGUUUGUGUGUACAGUAUUAACCCGUAGUGUUACUGCUCGCAAUAUCUAGCAGCCCCCAUCUUCCAGUCACAAAGUAUUACAUAAAAUGUUUAUAUUAUGCUAAUUGUAACCGGUAUUCCUAGCCAAGUACCGGUUAUUUUUGUAUUUCGUAGAUUCAGUACGGAUUUCUUGUAACAGCCACGUCACCUACGGGUCACUCCAGACCUGCUCGUCAGGAUUCUUACUUUUACACAACCAUCAUAAAAGUGGCGUCUAAGCUUUAUAAACGGAUGUGUACCUAAGCAUCAGGUAACAGUUUGUAUUCCCAUAUGGCUAACUAAACUAGUCUCAUUUAUUAAAGAAAAAAUUAAUCCCUAUUUUUUUCUCCCUGAUGAGUAUUAUUCGCUCAUAAAAACUUAAAAAAAAAAAACUCUUGCUACAUCCGAAUCUGUAUUGAUCGAACUCUACUUGAUUCUCAAGGCUCAUGCUCUAAGAAAUAUUUCUUAACCUUUUCCAAAACGACACUCAAAGUGUGAUUUGGUUCAGAGUUCGGGGCCUCACAUAAUUGUUUCGGAGCGCAGGCUGUUGGGUGUGGUCUUAGGCUUUUAUGAAAAUUGAUCUGUAGCCCUUUCUUGCGCCUCCACUGCAUUCUUCUUGUAUAGGUAAAUUAUUAUUAUUAUUAUUAUUAUAUAUUUUUGACUUCGUUUAUGCACAUCAACAUGUAAAGUCACUGUUGUUCACUAUGAUUUUGUUGCUUUAAUUUUGCUCUGAAAUUUUUUUAUUAGUUCUUUUCGAUAACAGUUUUUAUAUAUAUAUUUUUUUUCUACAACCUUCAAAAAGUAUGAGUAAUAUGCAUCAGUAUGUUCCAAAUAUAUUGGUUGCCAGUUUAUGUAUUGCUUGUAAAACACAAACGCUAUGGCAAAACUGAGAGUGUCUUCCAAGACUUUGAUGUAAAGCAGACUGUUUGUAUUUCAACUGAUGCUAUUUGAGUCACACGUUGAACCUACACAUUGAUGUAUGCAGCAACUAUAGGUAGUUAUAGAAAUAAAACAACUGCAGUUUAUAAUA